AUGCCUACCACAGAUGAGAUUACCCAGCAUGACCAUAUGCACGCAUGGUCCUCAGCCAUCAACAAGCCCCAAACAGCUCAAGAGGUUGACGCCGGAGCUCCGCCCGAGAAGUCUACAUCUUCAGGCUUACAGAAGACCUCGUCCGGCCUUGAAACUACCCGCCAGCGCCUCGGCCUCCACCCCACCGCACCCAUUUCAGAAGAUCACGAUGUCGCGCCCCAUCAAGACCUUCUCUGGAGUCGCGUUCGACUGACCCUUCGAGAGCCAUUCGCCGAGUUCUGGGGUACAUUCAUACUGGUGCUAUUUGGGAACGCAAGCGUGGCCCAGGUACUUCUAAGCCAGCGACUUGAGACAGCGCCCGGUGCCAAUGGCUUCGGGGAGUAUCAGUCAAUCUCCUGGGGCUGGGGCUUGGGCGUGAUGCUCGGCGUGUACGUCGCAGGCGACUCCGGUGCCUACCUCAACCCCGCCAUCACCUUCUCGAGCUGCCUCUACCGCGGGCUACCCUGGCGCCGCUUCCCGCUGUACUUCAUCGCGCAGAUGCUGGGCGGCUUCGUGGCGGCAGGAGUGCUUUACGCAAACUACGUAACGGCCAUCGACGACUUUGAGGGAUACGGCAUUAGGACUGUCCCACCGAUUCCGACGGCUACCGCGGGGAUCUUCUGCACGUAUCCGCAGACGUUUUUGACAAAAUCAAGCCAGUUCUUUUCGGAGUUCAUUGCUAGUACUUUACUUAUGUUUGUCAUCUUUGCGCUGAAGGAUGAUAGUAACAACGGCGGCGGCGGGAACUGGUUUCCUCUGGGUCUCUUCUUCCUCAUCUUCGGCCUCGGUGCCUGCUUCGGCUACGAGACCGGCUAUGCCAUCAACAUGGCUCGAGACACCGGACCACGUCUAAUGUCCUACUUCCUUGGAUACGGCUCAGAAGUUUGGUCUGCUGGAGAUUACUAUUUCUGGGUGCCCAUUGUGGCACCGUUUCUGGGUUGCGCGUUUGGUGGGUUCUUGUAUGAUGUGUUCAUCUUCACCGGUAAAAGUCCGGUCAAUACGCCGUGGAUGGGGCUUAAGAGGGUGGCGAAGCCGAAUGAGGCGUGGAAGGCGCAUAAGGCGCAUGAGAGAAGGGUGAAAGAGGAAGGGAUCGUUUGA